AUUAGAGUAUUGGUUGAAUUCGAUACUCCCGGACACACGACCUCUUGGGGAAGGGGACAGAAGGGGAUUCUCACUGAAUGUUACACUAAUGGCACCAAAAACGGAAAGACCGGACCAUUAGAUCCGACUAAAGAGAAUGUCUACACGUUUUUGGAGGAAUUGUUUACCGAAAUCGGCACCACUUUUCCCGACCAAUACAUUCAUUUGGGUGGCGAUGAGGUGGACUUUGGCUGUUGGGAGUCUAAUCCAGACAUCAAUAAGUUUAUGAAAGAGAAAAACAUAACAACUUAUGCAAAACUGGAGGACUAUUACAUGCAAAGAGUAUUGAAUAUCGUGAAGAAACUUAAUAAAAGCUACAUUAUUUGGGAAGAAGUGUUCAACAACGGUGUAGAGCUGAAGCCGGACACUGUUGUCCACGUGUGGAUCGGCUCGUGGGGUACUGACAAAGAAAAGUAUUGGCGCCCGGAGUUGCGUAACGUAACCGCUAAGGGUUAUAGAGCUAUACUGUCUUCGUGUUGGUAUUUGGAUUUGAUUAGUUUCAAGCAAUCGGGUGCGGAAACAGGCGUUCAAGACUGGAAGGACUACUACCGGUGCGAACCCCACAGUUUCAACGGUACUGAAGAGCAAAACAAACUGGUCAUCGGCGGUGAGGCCGCUCUUUGGGCCGAGUAUAUGAACGGGGGCAAUUUUAUUAGCAGAACAUGGCCGCGGGCAUCGGCUGUGGCUGAAAGACUGUGGAGUCCGAAAAGUAUGGACAGCACUGAGAAAGCGUUCAACAGAUUUCAUAAACAGACGUGUCUUAUGAUUGAAAGAGGUUUGGGUGUCCAGCCCUGUGACGGACCCGGUUAUUGCCGAUGCGAUUAUACGCUAUAACAUUAGAAUAUAAAUGACUUAUAAAAAUUUGCAUUGAUUACAUAAUUAUAAACUAAACUUUAUAACUAUGUAAUCGUUGAGUAAUUAUUUCAGAAACUAAACGCU